AUGGAUUCUAACACGGAAAAAACCAGCUACAGUCUCUUCGCGUGCAUAGGAACUGGUUUCGCAGGUAUUGGCCUGGGGGCGACGCUUAAGCGGUGGUACGGGAUCGAUGACAUACAAUUCUUCGAGCGGCACAGCCAGCUGGGCGGUACGUGGUUCAUCAACCAAUACCCAGGCUGCGCAUGCGAUGUUCCCAGUGCGUUGUACAGCUACUCUUUUGAACCCAACCCUGGCUGGACCAAAAUCAUGCCGACCCGCACCGAGCUCUGGGAAUAUCUCGACGGAGUAGCACGCAAGUAUGAUCUUUUGAGGCGAAUGAAGUUUGAGACCCUCGUACAGCGCUGCGAGUGGAUCGAAGAGCGAACACGAUGGCGCCUGACCGUCCGCAACCUAAAAUCAGGGACCACCUACCAUCACGAGUCACAGUUCUUGUUCGCCGCGACUGGCGCGCUGGUUACUCCAAGAGACAUUGACGUGCCGGGUGCGGAAACUUUCAAGGGCAUAAUCUCCCACACUGGCCGCUGGCGUCCGGACAUCGACCUGGAGGGGAAGCGAGUGGUUCUGUUCGGGAACGGAUGCACGGCUUCUCAGGUCGUCCCGGCUAUCGUCCACAAGACAAAGUCCUUGACCCAGAUCGUGAGGACGAAGCACUGGGUCUUUCCAUCAAUCGACUCGGAUGUUCCUGAGUUUCUACGCUUCCUUUUGACAUGGCUUCCGGCACUGAGGCUGCUUCAACGCCUCAUCAUCUUCUGUAUAGCAGAAAAUGGGUAUCGCGGGUUUCCAUUAACGAGUGCUGGAGCCAAGUUCCGAGCCAGCCAAAGGAAAGUGUCUGAAGAAUAUAUGAAGGCUGCGGCUCCGGAGAAAUACCAUGACAUGCUGAUUCCGGAUUUCGAAGUCAACUGCAAGAGGCGGAUCUUCGAUUGCGGCUAUCUGAAAAGCCUUCACGCCGAGAACUUUACUCUUACAAAUGAAAAGGCGUUGGAGAUCGUCCCGGAGGGAGUCAGAACAGAAAAAGGCCUGAUAGAGGCUGAUGUCAUCAUAUUGGCAAAUGGCUACAUCACCAACCAAUUCGUUGCAGGCGUCGACGUAGUUGGUCGAGCUGGCGAAACUCUAGAUACACGGUGGAAGUCUUUGGGCGGGGAGGGAGCCUACAAUACCUGCGCCACGAACGGGUUUCCCAACUUCUUCCUCCUUCUUGGACCGAACAGCGGUACUGGACAUACGUCCACCGUAAUGGCAUUAGAGAACGCUACCAACUACGCCCUUCGUGUGCUGAAGCCUGUCCUCGAGGGACAUGCAAGUAUAGCGACCGUGAAGGGCGACGCCGAAGAGCGAUUUGUCAACGAGAUGCAGACGGCAUUGCAGAAGACGGUCUGGAAUACUGGGUGCGGGAGCUGGUACACAAGGCACUUGGAUGAUGGAUCCAACAGAUGGAACGCCAUGAGCUACCCUUAUUCGCAAGGUGAAUUUUGGUAUCGCUCUCUUUUCCCCGUAUGGUCAGACUGGGAGUAUACUGGACGCGCCACGUCCAUCACCUCCAUUCAAACACAAAGCUUCAGCACCUCCCACAUGACCGUGCUUGCUCUACUUGCGGUUUUUGUUGCCUGGAGCUCUCUUGGAAGCGGCUGGUCUCACAUGACUACCAACAGUUUGUCUGCAGCGAUGGCGAGACCGUGGUCGUUUGCGCCCAGCCAUCCUUGA